UCACUGGUAUUUAUCACUGAGCUUUCUGUGCUGUUUCUUUCAUUCUCCGUGUUCGAGGAGCUACGUCAGGGCAGUGCUACGCCUGCAUAGCACGCACUCGUGUACUGUUGUUCUAGCCUGGUUAUGGGCAGGUCACGCUCGCGUUCCCGCUCGAGGUCUCGCGACAGGAAUCGCGAUGAGCAGCCCCGGCUGGCCGGCGGCACCAAGGUGGCGAAAUCCAGGCGCUAUCGCACAAAGGCAGUCGACCAUACCGGCGGCCUGACCGCCACGGCUCUGGCCCGGCAGCGGGCGCAGCUGCUGCAGCUGGAGGAGGAGAUCCUGGGCUCCAUAGAGGCCACCGUGGAGGCGGCGCUGGCGGACAAGCUGGCCAGCGAGGAGGUGCAGGCGCGUAUCCAGGCCCGGCUGCGAGAGGAGCGGGCGCGGCUGGAGGCGCAGGUGACGGCGCAGCUGGAGGCGGAGCGCCGGAGCCUGCUGGAGCGCAAGCGGCACGAGGCCGAGCAGGCUCGCAAGCGGCAGGAGGAGCUGGACCGGAUUCUGGAGGAGAACCGCCGCAAGGUGGAGGAGGCGCAGCGGCGCGCGGCGGAGGAGCGCGCCCGCCGCGACGCGGAAUGGCAGGCAGCGCUGGAGUCACGCGUGGCGCAGCGGGGCGGCUUGUCGGCGCGGUGAGCGGGCGGCGGCGGAGUCCCACAGCCGCUGACAGAGCGCUCGCGCCUUGCCGCCGAGGGCUGCAGGCCGCGGUCGGAAGACCAACCGGCAGAGCGGACGCCUGCAUGCAAGCGGCACCGCUGCAGCUGGCCUCUGCAGGCAAACCCCCGCCGCAGCUACUGCCGCACAUGGCGGCGGUGGUGCAGCAGCUCAGCGCACGUGCGCGGUACACGCCCAGCCUGGUGGCAGAGCGCUGGCGAGUGGCUGCUGCGCGCUGUCCUGGGGGCAGCCUCAGCUUCAGCGCCGCCAUCCCGCCCUAACACCAUUCCGCUGCGGAACUCACCACUGCUGCCCACUACCACACAACCCACAAACGCCACCACAACCUCUUCAAUCAUCACCGCGGCGGCGGCAGCUCCCCCGCUUGCCACUUUUGUGCGGGGGCACGAUCGGGGCCUGUGGCGCGACUGCGCAGGGUGGGCGCAGCACAGCCAUCUGCGAUGCGGCCUGCUGUCGCGGGGCCGCAGUCAUGCGUCAGGUCUGGCGCCGAGUGCGGGCGCCUCAGUUGCGCUGGCGCCUAAGCCUUGCUGGCCGGGCGCAGGCCGCAUUAUGCAGCUCGCAUACGCCGGCACCCAACCCGCAGCCAGCCGGUUGCCGGUGUGUGUCGGCCCGCAUACUUUGGCAGCUACCGGCUACCUCGCUGUCUGACACAGCGGCCUGGCUGCAGUUGCUAGUGUCUGGGCGGCGGGUUCGGCCGCGUCGCCCAUGCUGUCAGGUGCCCCCUGCUGCUUGUCGUCCUGCGAUUGUGAGUGUGGUGGCCGGACCAGCAAGCGCGUGGCAAGGUCCAGGGGCAUGGCAGUGCGGUCAGGGAGGUGCUGUGCGGCUAGCCGGCGAGGUGAGGCGCCUGAAAGUACGGGUACGGGCCCGCGCCUGAAAGCGUGUUCGAGCGCAUGCGGGACGGUGCCGCGGUGGUCUGGUUGGCUAGGCAGUCGUGAAGGCGUGCACCACGAGGCCGCAUUAGUCCCUGAUGCCGUACACAUGUAAGUGCUCUGCCUC